UAGCUAGCGGUAUGUAAGACACUAGCGAGCUUUGGCACGGUCUCUUGGCAUGGGCACAGCUAUCGCAGACAUCCUCACGGCGUGCUCUCACGCUUGACAAUAGCCACCCUUUGUUGUGAGUUUCAGUCUCCGGAGCGCCAACUCGCCUCCGUCGCCACAAAACCAAGUGCUGCACCGCGCGCGUGCUGCGCAAACUGCAUGCAGGACUACAACGGGAAGAUCACGUAUACCGCGUUCGCGCCGUUGUUCGUAAUCCCGACGCUGCUCGUCGUCGUGCCGCGCUGCCCGGCGCGCUUUCGGUUACCACUGUUCGGAGGCGUCGUCUCGGUCUACGGCUCCUUCUCGCUCUUCAAGUACUUUGCCAGCGAAGGAUAAUGAUGCUCACGCUACUCCUCCUUGUGCGCUGCGCGAGCGCUGACUGGGCCGUCGUGACCGGCGCGUCGUCGGGCAUCGGCGAGCAGCUGGCCCUGCAGGCGGCGCAACGCGGCUACGACGUCGUGCUGCACGGCCGCCGCCGACGAGCGCUGCAUCGUCUCAAGAAGGCCAUCGAAGCACAAACAGGACGCAGCACGAAGAUGGUCGUCGAGGAUUUGUCGUUGCCGCGAGGAGCGAGGCGGCUCCACGAGGCCUGCAAGGGCCUCGACGUGCGCCUACUAUUCGUCAAUGCCGGCGUUGCGAGGGUUCAGCCGUUUAUAGGCGAUGACGCCGUCGAUAAGAUGCUCGCUCUGAACGUGCGCGCAUCCACCGAUCUUUGUCGGCGCUUCGGGCGCGACAUGGCCGAAGCGGGCGGCGGCCGCGUCGUGCUCACGUCGUCGCUCGUGGGCGUCCCGGCGCACGGCUGCGCGGGCGCCGCGGCCUACGCCGCUUCUAAAGCUUAUUUAAGGUCCUUCGGCAACGCGCUGCAUGACGAGCUCAAGUCGCAGAAGGUGUCCGUGACUACCGUGCUGCCCGGCGCCGUCGACACGGCCUUCGCGAGGGCGGCGGACAUGGAACGAAGCCUGGUCUUCAGCGUGCCGGGAGGCCGCGCCCUGGGCGUCGUGUCGGCGCCGGACGCCGUCGCGCGCGCCGCGCACCGCGCGGCGGCUCGGAAGCGACGGGAAAUUGUCCCAGGGCUCGCGAACAAGGCUUACGCGCUCUGCGCCGAGGCCUGCCCCAACAUAUUGGGCCGCGUCGUGGCAAAGGCGACGUUCGCCCCGGCGCCGCGGGGCUUGGCCCCGCGCAGCAGCGCGGCCUUUAUCGCGGCGCCGGCGCGCUCAACAGCACCGCGGCGCCCGCCAUCCCGCUCUGUUCCUGGUAGGGCGGUCGGCUACGGCCUCCUGGGGGUUGUUGGAGGCCUGUCGGUGGCGAACGCGCUCCAGGACGGCUCGAAGCCGCCCCUGGCCACUGCACCGCCCUACGCGUCAAAGGCCGACUUUUACGCGGCUUGGCGGGCCUCUAUAGCGCCCGAGGCGAGUACGCUGCCGGGAUCGGUCUGGGACGGUGAACUUCUCUUCCUGGGGGCGCUCGCGCCGGCAGGAAGCAUAGUCACGCACCGCCUAUUCCCGGUGAAAGGUGCGGAGCGCAAGUGGCUCGGCAAGCGCUUCGACCAGCGCGGCGACGUCGGAACGAAUCGCUUUCGCCGCAGCGACGACGACGAGGCCCUCGGCCGCGAUUUCUCGUGGUCGAUAUCGACGUCGCGGCGCGACGGUGAGGAGGCGCUCGUACUGAACUACGCAGCGGCCCCGACGCCGGACCGGCUCUUCGGCACCGUCCUACGCAUGCGCGACGAAUUGCGUGAGCUCGAGCCCGGAGUGUUGCUCGGCAUCGGAUCCAUGGCGGCCACGGGUGGGAUGCGAAAUGGGGCGCCCUUCAUUCUACGGCGGCGCUCCGGCGGCGACGACGCCUCCUCCGAGGACGCGGUGGAAGCGGACGAAGACGUCCUUGUCGACGACGCCGCUGACUAAAUGUGUAGCUAACUAAUCA